UGCCUGCUCAGUGGAUGUUUCAUCCUCGCUGGCAAUAGAGAGGACAACGAGGAAAAAUAGUAAAACUAUCAGAACCACAAUAAACAAACGGCGGAAUUUUACCGCCUGAGUUUUAUAUAAAAAAAUAAAAAAUUAAUAAUUAACUAGUUAAAGUAGCAAAUUAUUAGACAAUAAGUCAAGUGCAGUGGCCACAAAAGGCAAAUCUCAAAAUGUUAUCAAUCGGACGACAUCGAUGGCGAUUUCUGUUUCUGCCGUUGCUCAUAUUUCAUAUCGCUCACAUUCCCAAUGAAUCUCAGGCUUUGCCCGAUAUUAUAAAGAUAGGUGGCCUCUUUCAUCCCUCCGACGACCAUCAAGAGUUGGCCUUCCGGCAAGCCGUGGAUCGCAUCAAUGCCGACCGGUCAAUAUUACCGCGCUCCAAGUUGGUGGCCCAAAUUGAACGCAUUUCACCUUUUGAUAGCUUUCAUGCCGGCAAACGUGUUUGUGGUUUAUUGAACAUUGGCGUCGCUGCAAUAUUUGGUCCACAAUCCUCGCAUACCGCCAGCCAUGUACAGAGCAUUUGUGACAACAUGGAGAUACCACAUUUGGAAAACCGCUGGGACUACCGGCUAAGACGAGAAAGUUGCCUAGUAAAUCUCUAUCCUCACCCAAAUACGCUAUCCAAGGCUUAUGUGGAUAUUGUGCGGCAUUGGGGCUGGAAGACAUUCACCAUUAUCUACGAGAACAAUGAUGGGAUUGUGCGAUUGCAGGAGCUGCUCAAGGCACAUGGCAUGACACCGUUUCCCAUAACAGUGCGCCAAUUGAGCGAUAGUGGAGAUUAUCGACCGCUGCUCAAGCAAAUUAAAAACUCAGCCGAGGCCCACAUUGUCUUGGACUGUUCGACGGAACGCAUUCACGAGGUACUCAAACAGGCCCAACAGAUUGGCAUGAUGAGCGAUUAUCAUAGUUAUUUGGUGACAUCAUUGGAUCUGCAUACCGUUAAUCUGGAUGAGUUUCGUUAUGGAGGGACAAAUAUCACUGGUUUUCGUCUGAUCAAUGACAAGAUCGUCUCGGACGUGGUCCGCCAAUGGAGCAUCGAUGAGAAGGGCUUGCUGCGUUCGGCAAACUUAACCACUGUCCGUUCGGAAACAGCUCUUAUGUAUGAUGCAGUGCAUCUGUUUGCCAAGGCAUUGCACGAUCUCGAUACUUCUCAGCAAAUUGAUAUACAUCCCAUUAGCUGCGAUGGUCAGAGUACUUGGCAACAUGGUUUCAGUCUAAUUAACUACAUGAAAAUCGUCGAGAUGAAAGGCCUGACAAAUGUCAUUAAGUUCGAUCAUCAAGGAUUCCGCACAGAUUUCAUGUUGGACAUUGUGGAAUUGACACCAGCCGGAAUACGUAAAAUUGGCACUUGGAAUUCCACAUUGCCGGAUGGCAUUAAUUUCACACGGACUUUCAGUCAAAAACAGCAGGAGAUCGAGGCCAAUUUAAAGAAUAAAACAUUGGUGGUAACCACCAUAUUGAGUAAUCCCUAUUGCAUGCGCAAGGAGUCGGCUGUUUCUCUAAGUGGCAACGAUCAAUUUGAGGGCUAUGCAGUGGAUCUGAUACAUGAAAUCUCCAAAUCAUUGGGUUUCAAUUACAAAAUUCAAUUAGUUCCCGAUGGCAGCUACGGUAGUCUCAACAAAAUGACUGGGGAAUGGAAUGGCAUGAUACGGGAAUUGCUAGAGCAAAGAGCUGAUCUGGCCAUAGCUGACUUAACCAUCACCUUUGAACGAGAACAGGCAGUCGAUUUUACCACACCAUUCAUGAAUCUUGGCGUAUCGAUAUUGUAUCGCAAACCGAUCAAACAGCCACCCAAUUUGUUCUCUUUCCUAUCGCCUUUAUCGUUGGAUGUCUGGAUCUAUAUGGCCACAGCCUAUUUGGGUGUCUCUGUGUUGCUCUUCAUAUUAGCAAAAUUUACGCCUUACGAAUGGCCUGCCUAUACGGAUGCCCAUGGCGAGAAGGUGGAGAGUCAAUUUACCUUACUCAAUUGCAUGUGGUUUGCCAUUGGCUCACUUAUGCAACAGGGCUGUGACUUUUUGCCCAAGGCUCUCUCCACACGCAUGGUUGCUGGCAUUUGGUGGUUUUUCACCUUGAUUAUGAUCUCUUCGUACACUGCCAACUUGGCUGCUUUUCUAACUGUCGAACGCAUGGACUCGCCCAUUGAGAGUGCCGAGGAUUUGGCCAAGCAGACGAGAAUUAAAUAUGGUGCCCUAAAGGGAGGCAGCACAGCGGCUUUUUUCAGGGACUCUAAAAUAUCGACAUAUCAACGCAUGUGGUCAUUCAUGGAGUCGGCACGUCCUUCAGUUUUUACAGCCAGCAAUGGAGAAGGUGUUGAUCGUGUGGCCAAAGGCAAAGGUUCUUACGCAUUUCUAAUGGAAUCCACAUCCAUUGAAUAUGUCACCGAACGGAAUUGCGAGUUAACCCAAGUAGGAGGAAUGUUGGAUACCAAAAGUUAUGGCAUAGCCACACCGCCUAAUUCACCUUAUCGCACUGCCAUCAAUAGUGUCAUAUUAAAACUGCAAGAAGAGGGCAAAUUGCAUAUACUGAAAACCAAAUGGUGGAAGGAGAAACGGGGCGGCGGUAAAUGUCGAGUUGAGACCUCAAAAUCUUCAUCGGCUGCCAAUGAAUUGGGCCUGGCCAAUGUGGGAGGCGUAUUUGUGGUUCUCAUGGGCGGCAUGGGCGUGGCCUGUGUAAUUGCCGUCUGCGAGUUUGUGUGGAAGUCACGCAAAGUAGCCGUGGAGGAGCGUUUAAGUGCCAUACUAAAUGAAUGAGAAAAGUCGUAAACCCAUGACGAAUGGGUUUAAAAUAAAUAAAGGGCAUUCAAUGCGAAUGCUACCCCUCAAUAGACAAUGAAUCAGAUAUGCAAAGAAAAUAGUAUCAAAAAAUUACAAAAACAAAUCUAUAUAUACAUACAUAUAUAUAUAUAUACAAUACAUAUAUCAAAAAUACUGGCAAACAAUUUUGGGAAAAUAUUGUAGAAAUUAGAAAUCAUAUACAAUGAAAUACAAUAUACCUUUCGGAAUCCACCAAUGAAAGUUCUGCACAAUGUUAAUAUACAAUCGUAUAUACUAUAUAUAUAUACCUACAUAUAUAUAAAUUUAUAUAUAUAGACAAAACCAGAUUAUACUGCAAUACCAUUCGUAAUUUAAUCUUUCAGCAAAAUCAUAUACAAAACACAACUUAUACACAGAUUUUAGGUGAGCUUACACUUGGAUAACAUCUUAUUAAAGGGGAGAAAAGGAAUCAAAUGGUUUGAUUCGAAUAAUUUCGAAUAAAUUGGUAUGAUGAUAUUAACUUUAAUUCCUGUGUAAGCAGAUUGUAAGCAAGACCAUAAAACAAGCAAAAACAAAACGAAAUCGUAUGCAUUUAUAUUUAAAAGCAUUUUUGGGAAUUGACCUAAUAGACAUAAUUAUAGAUAAUUCAAAGGCAAAACAAAAAGAAGCUACCAAUCUAGUAUAUACCGAACCACAAUUUAAACAUUUUCAACUUACCAUAAACAGAAAAUUAUUAGCAAGUAAACCUUAACCUAAGUCAAAACAAUUGUAAACACUUAGUCUCUAGGUAUUAACAUCCCAGAAACAUUGUGUCCUUUAUGCCCUUCCUUAAUCUCACACCAUCUAUCUCAUUUUUUUUCCUUUCGAUCUAUUUCCACUAGAAUAUAAGAUUGUAAAAUGUAAUUAUCGUAUAUACAGGCAAUUUUCACACACAAAACAAAACAGAAAACGAAAAGCAGUAAAACCAUUUCUUAUUAAAUACAUAGCUACUU